CACGUCCGGAAGUUACCGAAGGAGUCCGGAAGCUGCCGAAAGAGAGCAGCGGGGAAGGAGGAUGGCGGAUAUCAUCGCAAGACUCCGAGAGGACGGGAUCCAUAAGCGUGUAAUACAGGAGGGCCGGGGAGAACUCCCUGACUUUCAGGAUGGAACCAAGGCCACGUUCCACUACCGGACGCUGCACAGCGAUAACGAGGACACUGUGCUGGAUGACAGCCGGGCGCGGGGCAAGCCCAUGGAGCUUAUCAUCGGCAAGAAGUUCAAGCUGCCCGUGUGGGAGACCAUCGUGUGCACCAUGCGCGAGGGGGAGGUCGCCCAGUUCCUCUGUGACACCAAGCACGUGGUCCUCUAUCCGCUGGUGGCCAAGAGUCUCCGAAACAUUGCCGCAGGCAAGGACCCCCUGGAGGGCCAGCGACACUGCUGUGGCAUUGCCCAGAUGCACGAGCACAGCUCCCUGGGUCACGCCGACCUGGACGCCCUGCAGCAGAACCCCCAGCCUCUCAUCUUUCACAUGGAGAUGCUGAAGGUGGAGAGCCCUGGCACAUACCAGCAGGACCCAUGGGCAAUGACGGACGAUGAGAAGGCAAAGGCAGUGCCACUCAUCCACCAGGAGGGCAACCGUUUGUACCGCGAGGGGCAUGUGAAGGAGGCGGCCUCCAAGUACUACGAUGCCAUCGCCUGCCUCAAGAACCUGCAGAUGAAGGAGCAGCCUGGGUCCCCUGACUGGAUAGAGCUGGACCAACAGAUCACGCCCCUGUUGCUCAACUACUGCCAAUGCAAGCUAGUGGCUGAGGAGUACUACGAAGUCCUGGACCACUGUUCCUCCAUUCUCAACAAGUAUGACGACAACGUCAAGGCCUACUUCAAGCGGGGCAAGGCCCAUGCAGCUGUGUGGAACGCCCAGGAGGCCCAGGCAGACUUUGCCAAGGUGCUGGAGUUGGACCCUGCUCUGGAGCCCGUCGUGAACCGUGAGCUGCGGGCCUUGGAGGCGCGGAUCCGGCAAAAGGACGAGGAGGAGAAGGCACGCUUUCGGGGCAUCUUUUCUCACUGAUGGCCUCAGCCCAGCCCUCAGCGCUAACCCACUGCUGUGCUGCCAACCAUGCUGCCACCGCCACAUCUUGCUUCUCUGUAUAUAAAGGGCUUAUUUAUCUCUCUCUGGGUCUGCUGAGCCCAUUCAUUGAGA